GGCUCAAAUCCACAAACUUGAGAUCAUGACCUGAGCUGAAGUCAGACACUCAACCGACUGAGCCCCCCAGGUGCCGCUGAAGUGGCAACUGAACAGCAAAAGAUAGUUUGAAGUGAUGAAACUUUGAAUUCUUAUCUGGCUUGUCCAGAUCACUCACGGGGUUCUCUAGCAGAAUAAAAUGCAACUUGGGUUCUGAAAGUGCUGACGUCCCCUGGUCCAAGGAAAUCAACACGCUAGAGCAAGCAGAGGAGAGGGGCAGAGGGAGAGAGAGCGAGAGGAUCAAGCAGGUUCCACGCUCCGGUCCGCUCAGGGCCUGCUGUGAGGCUUGACCCCACGACGCCGGGAUCGUGACCUGAGCUGGAGCAGGAGUCAGACACUUGACCGGCCGAGCCGCCCAGGCGCCCCUCAGUUUACUUUAGUUUGGUUUGGAGGUUGCGGUAUUUAAGCAGAGCAAACUGGCCCGUGUCGGUCUUGAUGCUGUCGCACUGAGUCUGCAGGCGCUGACUUCCCACCCGGGGGACGCCUGCCUGGCGCUCCCAGGACCCUGCCCCCAGGGAGCUUGCAGUCUGCACGGGGAGCCAGCGCCUGCUCAGGCCUGGAGGGUGGGCUGUCCUUGGUGAGUCGAGUAUGUUUCUUCUUUUCUGAUUGAAAAUAUAAAUACAAACUGGGUCACGGGCCAGAUAACCGGAAUGAGAAGCUCGACUUAGAGGUUCCUGUUUGCGUCCGUGCGGCCACUUCAGAGCGCACGCCUCUGGCUUGCUCCGAGCCUGACCUUCCUCGCGGGCAGAAGGCUCCUUGGGGACCGCACGCCCGCGGCGCCUCGGCUCGGGCAAGGAGACCGAGGUUCAGCGAGGUCAGCUGUCCUCUCUGCGUAAGUGGCAGCUCAGGUGGGAGCCCCUUGGACAGUCUGACCCUGGUUUUCCAGAUGGAGGGUUUUGUUGUGUAGAACGCAGGCUGGAAAACCAGAGAGCAGCCAUGUUCUGGCCACUGGUACUCCUCCUGAUGCCAGGGCUCCUGGAUUAUUCCCUGGGCCUGGAUGACCCGAUUGCUUCCUCCCUCGAGCUAGCAGUGCAUGUGGGUGAUUCAGCCCUGAUGGGAUGUGUUUUCAAGAGCGCAGAAGAGAAACGUGUGACCAAGGUGGACUGGAUGUUCUCAACAGGAGAGCACGCCAAGGAUUAUUACGUGCUGUACUAUUAUGCCAACCUCAGCGUGCCUGUGGGGCGCUUCCAGAAUCGCGUGUGCUUGGUGGGAGACAUCUCACGCAAUGAUGGCUCUCUCCUGCUCCAAAAUGUGGAAGAGGCCGACCAGGGAACCUAUACUUGUGAGAUCCGGUUUGAAAUGGAGAGCCUGGUGUUCAAGAAAGCCGUGCUGCUGCACGUCCUGCCAGAGGCCACCACAGAGCUCAGGGCCCACGUGGGUGACUCGCCUCGGCUGGGCUGUGUUCUCCAGAGCACGGGAGAGAAACGCGUGACCAAGGUGGACUGGACGUUCUCAUCGGGAGAGCACGCCAAGGAAGAGGUUCUGUUCCGUUAUCCCUCCGGACUCGGUGCCCCCGCGCGCCCCUCCCAGAGCCGUGUCGUCUUGGUGGGGGACACUUCCCACAGCGAUGCGUCUAUCGUGCUCCAAGGCGUGCGGGAGUCCGACAGAGGCAGCUACACGUGCAGCGUCCGCCUGGGGGACCUGACCUUCAGGAAGACCACUGUGCUGCACGUGACCCAGGAAGAGCCCCGAAUGUCAGUGACCCCAGCAGCCCUCAGGCCCGAGCUCCUGGGCGGGAACCAGCUGGUGACCAUCGUGGGGAUAGUCUGCGGCACUGUCCUGCUGCUCCCUGUUCUGAUUCUGAUCGUGAAGAGGACCCACAGGAGUAAGAGCUCAGGGGCAUCCACAGGCCUGGUGAAAAGCCUGGAGAACACACAGAAGGCGGACCCGGAGAAACACGUUUACUCCUCGAUAACCUCGCGGGAGCUGACGGAGGAAGAGGACACAAGUGCUAGGGCCGACGCCACCUACGUGACCAUGCACCCGGUGUGGCCUUCUCUGAGGUCAGCCCCGGACAGCCUGCCUGGAGAGAGGUCCGCGGGGGGAGUUCCGGCACCAAAGCAAGCCUUCUAGAAGAAAGGAGAACUCGGUCCAUUUGUCCUUCGCAGGGACAGAGACUCUUUUCCUCUGUGUGUCCUGAGCCACUCACUGUCCUGGUCCUUCCGGGCCACUGCCCCACCCAGCUGGUUUUCUGCCUCAUUGGUCAAAAGGCUGAAGAAGGAGGGUUCAGAACUUGGCAGCAAGACGGGACAGCUGGGGGGGAAACAGGGCCCGACGGGGAGAAGCCUGGAUGUGGUCCUUCCGGAGCGGGACCCAGGCCCUGGGGACCCUGGCCGGGCGGCUGCAGCAGCCUCAUCCGGCCCUCCGCUUGGAUGCUGGUCUUUGUGGACAGCUUACUGAGAAGAAUCACAGAAAUAAAACCCCACCCAAAUGGUCCUUUUGGUAAAUCACCCCUAAAUAAACGCGGCUUGUGGAAAUCA